CCGAAGGUCGCUGCCGUGGUGGGCUGGACGAGAGCUGCGUGUGCCCCAGGCAGAGCUGUCAGCUGGGCUAAAGCAGGUGCCAGCUCCAACAUGGACAUGAACAAGCUCAGAAAUAUGGUGUUCCUCUGGGGUCUGCUCUGCCUAUCUGCUCUGCACAGCCUCCUAAAGUUUUCUUUGGCACAUGCCAUUGACCAACAGCGUCUCUUCCUAGACAAAGAUGGGAAGCUGAAGGAUAUGAAAAGUGCUGGAAUUGUACAGUCUGAUCAGCUGAGACCCAACCCAACCCUGCCAGAUGCAAAGCUGGUAGAAUUUGCUUAUGACAGCUUCCAGGAGAUUGGUGGACCCAUGUCACCAUUUGCCACCAACCUUCCAGACACAAGGGAUGACUUGAACCUAGAAGAUGAACCCAUAGCUGGGGCUGGGGGCUGUCAUGAAAACAAACUACCUGGGGAAGUUGCCUCUCCUGAAGAAGGAGAGGCUGAAGAUAAAAGCUGUGAGAUUACUUGGAAGAAAAGCCAGAGGCUGGCAGAUGGCUUGGUGAGAUUCAGCAUCGAUCUCCUGAGAGAGGUCCAGCUGGAAUCCAACAGAACCAAUGUGAUCCUGUCGCCCCUCAGCAUCGCUCUUGCCUUGUCUCACCUGGCACUGGGAGCAGCAGAUCAGACAGAGAAGCAUUUGCUGGAGGUGAUGCACCUGGAGUCUGUGCCCUGUCUCCACCACAUGCUGGGCACCCUUCGCAGAAGGCUCAGCGAGUCCACCCUCAGCCUGGCAUCGCGUCUGUACCUGCAGAAAGGAUUUGAGGUGAAAGAGAAGUUCCUGGAGGAUUCAGAGAAAUUCUAUGGAGCAAAGCCCAUGACCCUUUCUGGGAUCAGUGAGAAUGACCUUGUAGCCAUAAACAACUGGGUAAAGGAAGCGACUCGUGGGCAAAUACCCACCUUCCUACAGCAGCUCCCUGAAAACACAGUGAUGCUCUUGCUCAAUGCAAUCCAUUUCCACGGGUUUUGGAGGAAUAAGUUUAAUGCUAGCUUGACUGAGGCAGAUGUAUUCCACCUUGACAAUAAGUUUGUGGUCCCAGUUGAGAUGAUGAAAGCCCACCAGUACCCCCUGAGCUGGUUUACACUGGAGUCCCAGGACAUUCAGGUAGGGCUCUCACAGAAGCAUUGCAAGUUUUGA